AGAGUAAAUGACAAUUUGGGAGCUCAGGUGACCACAAUGAGAGGCCGUCACCAUUUCCUUCCAAAUCAUCCCUGCCACCUUUGGGGACUGCUACUGUGUGUGCUGAUCAUCCCAGCAGAAGCAGACACAUCGCUGUCACUGUUUGACUUUUACGAUGAGAAAGCGUUGGACGGCCACAAUACUGAACGGAUCCCAGGAAUUACCCAGGAGGAGUGCGCUACACGGUGUUUAGUGGGAACUUCUAACGUUCCACUUGGAACGUGCCUGUCAUUUGAUUAUGACACGAAUGGCAAUGGGGCCUGUAUCCUGAGUACAGCAAACAUGUACACACCUGGAGCAACUGUAGCUACCAGUAACCCACGGUCGCGAUUUGACUACUACCACAGGAAAGAGGGAAGCAUGUUUGAGAAGCACGACAACAAGGCUCUGAGUGGGUAUAACAACCAGGCUAUUGGCAGCCUCACUGCUGGCGAAUGCGCGCUCAGAUGUCUACAGGGGACGUCAUCUGUACCAGCCGGGACCUGCAGGUCUUUUGACUAUGACAGGAGCAGAAGUUUGUGUGUUCUCAGCACUGACAGCAUGGAAACACAACCUUCAGCCUUAGGAACAAACAACAACAAUGAUUACUACCAUAGGAAAGAUCCAUGCUACGAUGGCCCUUGUCAAAAUAGCGGCAUUUGCACCCAUAUUGGAUACAUCAGUUUCUCCUGCGCAUGUACUGGUGGUUGGACUGGGGAUACAUGUGAAACAGAUGUCAAUGAAUGCAGCACAGGUGCACACAACUGUGACCAACAUGCCACCUGUACCAACUCACCUGGUUCCUUCAGCUGCACCUGCAAUCCAGGGUACCACGGUUCUGGCACGAUGUGUGAAGUUUCAGUGCCACCUGCAGUAACACAGCAACCACAGGAUCAGACCAGAACCUUGGACCAAUCAGCCGCAUUCACCUGUGUCAUCCGUGGUGACCCAGCACCCAGCAUCACCUGGUAUAAAGGCGGUACGGAGGUAACACCUGGUGGACGUUUCAGUAUAGGAGAAAUGUCAGAUGAAGUCCAGAACACAGUGACCAGUACACUGACCAUCAGUGGAGUGAAGCGGGAGGACAAUGGACAGUACACGUGUAGGGGAACAAACAGUGCAGGCACUGACUCAUCAGAAACAGCAAGUUUGACCGUACAAGAGCGACCAGACGACAUCUCGGUGCAGGUAACACCUCUGACCUCCACUGCCCUCCAUGUAUCCUGGACGGUGGGAGUGACCGGUAACCUACACGUCGACCAAUCAGGGGUGAGCUACAGGCGGAGUUUGGAUGAGCCGUGGAGUGAGGCGGUCAUUAUUACACACCAGUCCUCCGGAGCAGGAGGAGAACCCACAGGAUCACAAUACACACUGGACAGCCUGUCUCCCUCUACUCAGUACACAGUCAAAGUCAGGGUUAGAAACUCCAUAGGAUGGAGCGAUCCUGCUUUGGGGGCUGGUACCACACUGGAUGCACCUCCAGGACCCCCACUUGGUCUACAACAGACAGCCAUCACUCAUGAGUCAGUCAGCAUUACAUGGCAGCCUCCGUCUCAAGCUGGAGUGAUAACAGGCUACACCAUCCAGUAUGGUCCUACUGCAGACUGUACAGAAGCUCAGCUCACACAGACGGUGAACUCAUCCGGCAGUGUCACAUCGUAUGUCGUCCCAAACCUGACCCCCUACACCGUGUACACCUUCCGAGUCCGUGGACACACCAGUGGAGGAUCAGGGAACUACAGCAACUGUGUCACCACCAGGACGGCAGAGUUUUAUCCCACCAGACCCUUGUCUGUGCAGUUUGCUGAUGUGAACAGCUGUAACUGUGACACAUCAGGCCAGAACAAAACCAUCAUGCUACGAGUCAGGUGGGCACGGUCGCAGAGGGUCAACGGAGAACUGAAGGGUUACACGUUGAAACUGUACUAUGACAACCAGGUCAUCUAUGUUACAAACACAUCCACGGCUCUUCAGAACAACCAGCUGGAGUAUGUGAUUUCUGGGAACGAUGUUGGAGACCUUCAACCUGUUCAGAAUUAUUCCAUUACGGUUUCAGCCUUCAAUGAUGUGUACAGGGGAGCUGACAGUGAUCCUGCUCAGGCAAGAUCAAGUGAUGGGUGUCCGUCUGCACCAUCUAUUACUUCACAUACCCAGGAUGGACUGUGUGGGAUAGACUGGACUGCUCCAUCAAUAUCAACAGGAGACAUUACUGGAUACUUGGUGACAACGACAGCAACACAGCUGAAUUCUGCAUCAGUCUCAGUUGGUGCAGCUGAAUCAGUGGGUUCCACAGAUGUACAGAAUCUGACAUGGACGUCAUCGCUGGAUGUCUUCCCUCCAAACUCCUUGAUCCACGUUACUGUCAGGGCCAAGACUUGUGCAGCAGGGGCCAGCAGUGAGGAGAGAACAUGUAGGGUAGAACGUGUUGGUGGGUAA